CGGUUUUUGCUGCUUGCAAAAGCUCGAGUGCAUAAAUUUAAUGAUAAAGGCAAUAAAACGUAAACGUACAAGCGUCAAACAGCUCAGAGCGAUUCGGAAGCCAAUAUGGUGUACGUUAAAGAAGAUGUUUUUGCAGAAGAGGCACUGAAUCCCUUCACCAAACAAACUGAGAAAAUACGUCGCUUCACGCUAAGCAACGAUGAGCAAAUGUCGGUGCAGAUAAUAACGCUUGGCGCUACAAUCACUAGCAUUAAGGUGCCAGAUGCUCACGGAAAGCUGGAAGAUGUUACCCUUGGCUUUGAUGAUCUGGCUGGAUAUGACAGCGAGCUAAAUCCUUACAUGGGUGCCACAGUUGGACGCGUCUGCAAUCGCGUGGCAAAUGGCAGUUUUAUGCUCGACGGCAAAACCAUUAAGGUUUCUCGAAAUCGUGGCCAGUUGCAGCUGCAUGGUGGCUUUGUGGGCUUCAAUAAGGCACACUGGCAAGUGCUGGAAGUGCAUCAAGAUGGCGUUAGCCUGUCGCACAUUAAUCCUGAUGGUCACGAGGGCUAUCCUGGCGAAGUAACUGCAACUGUGCGGUUUACACUUACCGAAGACAACUGCCUGCAUGUGCGCAUGGAGGCGUUAACGACUAAGCCAACGCCCAUCAAUCUCACCAAUCAUUCCUACUUCAAUCUUGCUGGACACGACUCUGGCAAAACUGGACUUUAUGAACAUACCAUACAGCUUAAUGCAUAUGGCAUUACUGAGACUGAUGAUAACUCUAUACCAACUGGAAAAAUAUUGCCAGUGGAAGGCACAAACUUUGAUCUACGCUUGCCUAGCAAGUUGGGAGAUCGUCUAAAGCAACUGCAGCCCGCACUGGGCUAUGAUGAUAACUUUUGCGUGCAAUUUACGCCGCCAGAGCGCGUAACUACAAUUGCAAGAGUCUCACAUGCGCCAAGCGGACGCUGGCUGGAGAUUGCCAGCAAUCAGCCUGGAGUACAACUCUACACCUCAAACUUUUUACCAGAUGUUGAGCGCGGUGAGAAAGCCGUGUCAGGCAAAGCAGGCGCUGCUUACGCCAAACACGGUGCCUUCUGUCUUGAAACGCAAAAGUUUCCCGAUUCUGUGAAUCAUGAGAACUUCCCCUCAACCAUUGUGCGGCCAAAUGAUAAGUAUCACCAUGAAGUAAUCUACAAAUUCGGCAGACAGCAGUAACUAUUACCUAUACUAAACCAAAGCGAAUGCCAUGUAUACAAAUAACCUGCUACUUUACAAAUAAAUUAAAAAAAACACGCAGCACACUUGUGAUAAGCCAAGUGCAUGUCUUGACUAACCU